UUUCUUGUAUCAAAACAAAAUCGAACUUGCUUUCGUUGAGUGAACGCGAAGUUAUGUCAAUUUGUAUUUUAUUGUUUUAUUUAUUCUUAUACAAAUGUAGAUAGGCUCAGUUAACAAUCCUCAGCCAAACAGCUGGACAACCAAAAAUGAUACAAAAAUUCUGAUCAAGAGAUCUGUUCAUAAAGACUGAAAACAGCCAACAUAGUAAAAAUCUCCAGGCAAUAACCAAUUUCACAGAAAUACCAGUCACAGUAACUCCACACGAAUAUCUAAAUUACUCCAGAGGAAUAAUAUCAAGUACAGACUUUUAAUGUGCCCAACUGAGGAAAUUUUAGAAAACCUGGCAAGCCAGGGAAUUUUAGCAGUCAGAAGAUUAACCAAAAAUGAAAUGGAUGUCACAAAUGUGUUUUAUUUACGAUGAAAAGGAAUACUUGAAGAAUAGAACUAUGUUUUAAUAUUUGCAAAUUUUAUACUAUUGAAAUAACUUGUGCCAAUUUAUGAUGUAUAUAGUUCAUGAUGUGUCAUAUCAAUAAAGUAAUUUAUUUUCUACAUCUGUUUCAACUUUAAGGUGCUACUUUCUCUUUUAUUACUAAAAAGAAAUAAAUGGAAUUUAACUCUUUAACAUGAGACUUUUGUUGUAUAAUAUUUCAAGAGAUAUAAGAAAGAUAUUAUAAUAGUGAAUGAAUUCAUAUUUUAUUAUAAAGUAUGGGACUUUGUUUAUGUAAAGAUAGGCAAUCACAUUCUGAUUGUGAUUCAAGUUACGGCAGAAGAACUUCAAUUAAUUCAGUAUCAGGAACUGUAAGUCAUGGAGAACAGUCUAAUCAUGUACAUCAUAUGUUAGAUUUAGUAGGAAUUGUGAGUAACAUGGUGACAACUGUUGAUAAAUUGGUCCUGGAAACACUUUCUGUCAUACACACACUUGUGGAUAAUGAUCAAGAACCACCACCCUCAAUGGUAAAACUUCAUGUAAUAGCAGAAAAAGAAAAUGGUUGGUUAACUGUUGUCAAUUCUAUGGUUCAUGUUAUUCCUAUGGAUGACCCACUUGGUCCUGCAGUUAUAACUUUAUUACUGGAUGAUUGUCCAUUACCAACAAAAGAAUCUGUUGCACUGUUACCUGGAAUGUUUAAAUUAUCAAGUGAUUUAUCUGUGACUGGAAAAGUAGAUCCUACCACUCAUCGAAAUAUUUGUGUAGUAUUAGGUUGCAUUGCUGAAAAACUGGCAGGUCCUAGCAGUAUAGCUCUACUGACCAAAGGAACAUUAGAAUAUCUUAUUACAAAUUUGAAUCCUGAAAAUAAUGUUUCUGUUAUUUUAUUCUCUCUAAUUGCAUUAGAAAAAUUUGCACAAACAAGUGAAAAUAAAGUCACUAUUAAUAGAUAUUUAGAAUCAUUAGAAGAAAAUCCGUUAAUAAAGUUAGAACCAUGGGUGAAUAACUGUGAUUAUAUUAAAUCCCAAGUGGGAUUUUGUGCUCAAUGGUGCCUGGACAAUUUAUUUUUAAAAGAGGGAAGGCCUUUUACAUAUGAGCAUGUUGAUCGCACAAAAUUAAAUGCAAUGCUCAACAGUAAUGAUGUUAGUGAAUAUUUAAAAAUAUCAGCUGAUGGAUUAACUGCAAGAUGUGAUGCUUCUUCCUUUGAAAGUGUUAGAUGUACAUUUCCAGUUGAUAAUGGUAUCUGGUAUUAUGAAGUUAUGAUUGUAACACCUGGUGUAAUGCAAAUUGGAUGGGCCACAAAAGAUAGUAAAUUUCUAAAUCAUGAAGGAUAUGGAAUUGGAGAUGAUGAAUAUUCUCUAGCAUAUGAUGGUUGCAGGCAAGUAAUUUGGUACAAUGCAUCUAGCCAUCCUCACAGUCAUCCCGCAUGGAAACCAGGAGAUAUCUUGGGAACAUUAUUAGACCUGGAAAAGUACAAAAUUAUAUUCUAUUUAAAUGGUUAUCCACUUAAGCCAUGUAAUCAAGUUUUUCGAUGUGCAAAGUCAGGAUAUUUUGCUGCAGCAAGUUUUAUGUUAUUUCAACAAUGUAAUUUUAAUUUUGGCCGAACUCCUUUUAAAUUCCCUCCUCAAAAUAUAAAAUAUCAAGCCUUUAAUGAUUUUGCCACAUUACUUGAAGAAGAAAAAAUUAUCCUUCCAAGGCAUAUUCAAUUAGAAAAAUUACGAAAUGCAAGUGUAAAAGAAGAUUCUUGUACAUUAUGCUGUGAUGGGGUUGCUACUAUCAAAUUAGAUCCUUGUGAACAUAGGGGAUUUUGUACCAGGUGUGCCUUGCAAUUGGAAAUGUGCCCAAUCUGUAGAUCUGAAAUCAAGUCAAGAUUGGAAAUGACAUGAUCAAAAACUACAAGAUGUCAACGAUUACCUCGCAAGUAUCAUCAGACGAUUGAGUCAUAUAUCUUUCCAGUGGAAACUCAGACAACCUCACUGCUUCACAUAUAGGAAGUUACAAUCAUUUAUGGAUGAUGUCGAAGGAUCCGUGAAGUCGAAAAGAAAGAAAAGAAAAAUCCGUUCAAAAAUGACAUCAGUUUACUUUCUUUAUACUUAUUGUUUUCUCCUAAAAUAAUAGGAAAUUUUGUUAAUAAAGCACGACUGAUUUAUUGUUUGCUUUUAUAUCACGAAUGUUACUACUAUCUUCGAACACUAUCAUCAUUCAGCCAUAAUAUUUAAUUCUUUUUAUCAUUUUAAGAAUCUGGAUACAAAUUCCGGUCUCGUUUGUAUGAUUUAUACAAUGUUAUCGUUGUCCAUCAUACGGAACCGAUAUUAAUAGAAUAAUGAAUGAUAUGUUCUUAUUACAAAAUUUCGAAAAAUUUAUAUUUUUAUUAUUUAUUU